AUGUUUUGUGAAUUCAUUCCGCCGCGACCUUUACAGUUCACUUUCUCAGAUACUUUCGCACAAAAUCCACAGUAUUUGAUUCAUUUGUCUACCUCUGAUCCGGAUGAUGAUUGUGAUCGAUGCACAGUGAUAGUGGCGGUGAUGCAGAAGUACCGUCGUGAGUUGCAAUGUACUGGAAUUGAGAAUGCUUCUAUUGGAUUCGCUGUUUAUAAUGCCGAUGGAACCAGUGGACGACUCGAUGAAGAC